AGGAGUACUGUUGAGACCGUAGACAUUUACAAGAAGAUGACGAGCAAUCCGCCCUUCUCUGGAUCCGGAUCCACCCCGAUCCGAUCGACCAGCACAGUUAGCACAAUCAUGCCAGCAACCUCUGCAGCUGGUAGCUUUACGGAGAAUAGACAGGCUCUAAUGAGCAAAGCUAACUUUCCUUCUCCCUUCCCUCCUCACUCUGUUUCCGCUCCGUUCGCCUUUCCGAUGGAUGGAUAUCCGGCCCUGCUACCCGGAAACUCAUUCGCUUCCUCCUACGCCUCCAAUGCGACCUCCAUCCCGGUGUCCGGUAUGAUGGAACAUUGGUCUACAACUCUGCUCGCCGCGCAGGCCCUCUCGAGGACUAAAAAGAUUUUCAUUGGCGGAGUAGCAACAUCCACCACGGAGGAGGAACUGCUCAACUACUUCUCCGCUUUUGGCACUGUAAGUACUUCCCUUGGGUCUUUUACCGUAGGUCCACCUAUGGACAAAUACUUAAGUGUGUCAUAA